AAAUCCCAUAUCAACUAAAACUCUAGUAAUAUUUAUGACAAAAUAAUUAAAAGUCCUAUAAUAAAAUAUUUAUUCAUUUGUAGCACGGUUCCAAGACUUGUGAACCAAGUCACCUAGUAUUUUAAUUAUUAGAAAUCUAAUAGGAUUCAAAAGAGAUAUCUGUAACCAAAAGAGAAAUCUUAACGAGAGAGACACCGGCGGCUGAAAAUUGUUAUGAAUUCUAAUGUUAUUUCACUGGAGAAGAAAUUAAAGAGAAUAAAGAUGACGUUGCACCAUAUUUAUGCUAGAAACAACAGCGUUGAUGAUUUGAAGAAUUUGCUCGAUUCGUGGAAAGCCGCUUUGGAAGCUACGAAUGCUAAAGGUGAGACCCCAUUGCACGUUGCUGCUAAGAAUGGAUGUAACGAGGCAGCCAAGAUGCUUCUCGACUACGGUGCCUGUGUCGAUGCAACAACAGAUAAGUCGGAGACUCCGUUACAUUUUGCUGCUGAUUAUGCACAAAUUUCUGGCAAAAUCUCGAUCGUGAAUACGUUGUUAAAGUACAAAGCUGACCGCUCCGCAAAAGACAGUAAUGGGAGGACUGCCCUACACUAUCUUCGAGUAGGAAAUCAAGAACUAAAAAAACUCCUUGAUCAAGAUAAUGUUGCUAUAAAACAGAUUGCCUUAGCAAAUAAUAGUAACCCUGUAAUUGAUAAUGGCAGUGGAAUGAAAAGAACGGCGUACGAUGAGAAGAUGGAUGUGUUUGAAGAUGAACUAUCGAAGAUAGUGGGAUUGGAUAAGCUGAAAUUACGGUUGAGGACAUGGGCAAAGGGUAUGCUCAUGGACAAGAUGCGUCGAGCCGCGGGGAUCAACCUCGGACCAAGAAAACCGCCUCACAUGGUAUUUCUAGGAAAUCCCGGGACAGGUAAGACAACCGUAGCACGAAGCUUAGGCAAAAUACUCCAAUCUGUCGGUGUGCUUUCUUCUGAUAAAGUGACAGAAGUUCAAAGAACCGAUUUGGUAGGAAAGUACAUUGGUCAAACGGGACCCACGACUAGAAAAAAAAUUGAAGAGGCUAUGGGUGGUAUUUUAUUAGUGGAUGAAGCAUACCGUUUAGCACCAGUUCGGUCGUCGGGUAAUUCCCAAGAUUUUGGUAUGGAAGCUUUGGAAGAGAUAAUGUCUGUGUUGGAAGAUGGGAAUAUUGUGGUUAUUUUUGCGGGCUAUACCGAGCCGAUGAAGCGUGUGUUCUCUUCGAACGAGGGUUUCUGCAGAAGAGUGACUCACUUCUUCCACUUUGACGAUUUUUCAUGCAAGGAUCUUGCGGAGAUGGUGAUGAUAAAGAUGAGUAAGCAAGCCAAGAAGAGCCGAUUGUACGGAUUUAAGCUCCAUUCUUCGUGUACUUGGGAUGCUGUUCUACAAGUGAUAGAGAAUAACUCCACUGAGAAGAUUCGGAAUAAACUGAAUGGAGGUUUGGUAGAUCAUAUGCUGAACAACGCUAGAGAAAAUCUUGAUUUGAGGCUGACUUUCGAUUCUAAAGGCGACGAACUAUCCACAAUCACAUUAAGUGAUUUGGAGGCUGGACUAAAAAUGUUAUCAGAUGGAGUCAAUGUUGACUGAAAGAUAGAUCAAAC